GUCUGCGUGGAUUAUGGUGAUUUAUUUGAAGGAAAAAAAUUGACAUUUUAUAGCAUCUCGGAGAUUUCGCUCAUGAAGACAUCACAAGAGCAACACUAAUUUGUUUUCUGGUUUGAAUCAUGAUGGAACACGGAGGACAAAGGAGCAGAUGGGAGUGCUGGUGGAUUGCUUUGUGUUUCUAUUUUCUGCUGUACUUCGAAGAGCAUGUUUCAGCUCAGAUAAGAUACUCUAUUCCGGAGGAGGUAAAAGAUGGAACAGUCGUUGGAAAUAUUGCGAAGGAUUUGGGCCUAGAUAUUGGUGCUUUGGCGGCCAGGCGAUUCCGUAUUGUAUCUGGAUCCAAUGAUGAUUUUUUUCAGGUAAAUCAAAACGGCGUCUUGCACGUUCAUAAGAAAAUCGACCGAGAGGCGCUAUGUGAUAGUCAUAGCGCAUGCGUCAUAAAUCUUAAGAUUGUUGUAGAAAAUCCUCUUGAAAUACAUUAUAUUGCAGUGGAGGUGACCGAUGUAAAUGACAAUUCGCCCAGUUUUAGUGAACACGAGAAACGAUUGGAGAUUUUAUUUUUUUUUUUUUUCACUAUUUUAGAAUCGACUGCUGGAGGGACGCGUUUUCAGCUUAAGGUCGCGCGUGACCCGGAUGCCGGGGUCAAUUCUGUUCGUAUAUACAAAUUAACCCCAAAUGAACACUUUGAUCUAGAAGUCAGAGAUCAGGGAGAAGAUAAACUGCCAUUUUUAGUUUUACAAAAAUCUCUUGACCGUGAGAUCAAUGAUGAAUAUAAUUUAGUUUUAACAGCUAUUGAUGGAGGAAGUCCACAAAGAUCAGGAACUCUAAAUGUUACAGUUGUUGUUCUUGAUAACAAUGACAACAGACCUGUUUUUAGCCAAGAUAUAUAUUCAACACAUUUAAAAGAAAAUAUACAAGUUGGAACGCCAGUCGUACAGGUUCAAGCAAGUGAUGCAGAUCAUGGCUCAAAUGGAGAGGUUACCUACGCGUUUGGCAGCGACCAGAACCCAAAGGUAUAUGAGAUAUUUAGUUUGGAUAAACUUACAGGUGACAUUCGUGUGAAAGGCAAUGUAGACUUUGAGGAGAAAUCCAUUUACAAACUUGAUGUUCAAGCGUCUGAUAAUGGCCAGCCCCCUAUGAAGACAGAUUGUAGAGUUGUCAUCAAAAUUUUAGACACCAACGAUAACACACCCGAGAUCGAUAUAACGUCACUGGUGAAAAUGGUGUCUGAAGACUCCAAGCCUGGUACUGUAAUUUCGCUCAUUAGUGUUACCGACAGAGACACUGGUGUUAAUGGAAAAGUUGUGUGCGCUCUUUCAGAAAACGUUCCAUUUGAAUUAAAACAGUCAGUUCAAGAAAACAUGUACUCGUUAGUAACUAAAGGGAGCCUGGACCGUGAAACUGUAUCACAUUAUGACAUUACAAUAACAGCAAGUGACUUGGGUCAGCCUCCACUGUCCUCAUAUAAAACUCUGAGCGUGCAGGUGUCAGAUGUUAAUGACAACCCGCCUGAAUUUAUCCUAAAUCCCAUCGAAUUAUAUAUGAUUGAAAACAACGCUGCAGGCUCCCCCAUUCUCACUCUGAGUGCUUUUGACAAAGACCUAAAUGAAAACUCUGUGAUUUCAUAUCAGAUUAUUAAAGGGAAUAGGACACAAAGUGACAUGACAUCUUUUCUAAAUAUUAAUUCUGAGACAGGCGCAAUUUAUGCACUUAAAAGUUUUGAUUUUGAGACUAUCAAAACCUUUCAGUUUUACGCGCUCGCUACAGACUCUGGAGCUCCGUCUCUGAGCAGUAACGUGACAGUGAACGUGUUUAUUCUGGAUCAGAACGACAAUGUUCCAGUGAUCUUGUAUCCAGUCAGCUCUAACGGUUCUGCUGAGGGUGUGGAAGAGAUUCCCCGUAAUGUGAAUGCAGGUCAUUUGGUGACUAAAGUCAGAGCCUAUGACGCAGAUAUAGGAUACAACGGCUGGUUAUUAUUUUCACUGCAGGAAGUUAGUGACCACAGUCUCUUUAGUUUGGACCGCUAUACAGGACAGAUAAGGACCCUUCGCUCAUUCACAGAAACAGACGAGGCCCAGCAUAAACUGAUCAUUCUGGUCAAAGACAAUGGGAACGUUUCACUCUCAGCAACAGCGACUGUGAUUGUCAAAGUUGUGGAGCCCAAAGAGGCUUUUGCAGUUUCUGAUGUGAAAAACACAGUAAACGACGAGGAGGACAACAGCGUGACAUUUUAUUUGAUCAUCACUUUGGGCUCGGUUUCAGUGCUUUUUGUCAUCAGCAUCAUCGUGUUGAUUGUAAUGCAGUGCUCUAAAUCGACAGACUAUUCGUCCAAGUAUUUGCAGGAACCAAAUUACGACGGGACUCUGUGUCACAGCAUCCAGUACAGAUCUGGAGACAAACGCUACAUGUUAGUUGGACCCAGAAUGAGUAUCGGCUCUACUAUAGUCCCGGGCAGUAAUGGAAAUACUCUAGUGAUACCAGAUCGAAGGAGGAGAGAUUCUGGAGAGGUAAGAACCGUUUUAUUUUUUUAUUUAUUUUUUUUGCACUUGAGAUUAACAUUUGUAAUUUGCAUAUGA